AUGAAACCUUUUGUUACGGGACAUGAGGAUUUGGUCCAUGACUUGGCGUACGAUUUUUACGGUAGACAUGUUGCAACAUGUUCAUCGGACCAGCACAUCAAAGUUUUUAGAUUGGAUCGAGAAACCAACGAAUGGCAACUAAGCGAUUCUUGGAAAGCUCAUGAUAGCUCUGUGGUGAGUUUGGAUUGGGCAAGCCCCGAAUAUGGUAGAAUUAUUGCAUCGGUGUCCUACGACAAGCUGAUUAGAUUGUGGGAAGAAGAACCAGAUGCUCCAGAAUGCUCUGGACGCAGAUGGACUAAACUUUGCACGUUGAAUGAUGCUACGGGACCUCUAUUCAGUGUGAAAUUUGCUCCUGGCCAUUUAGGUUUGAAGUUAGGAGCUUUAGGCAACGACGGAACUCUAAGAAUAUACGAAGCAUUGGAGCCAUCGGACCUGAGGUCCUGGAGCUUGACUACUGAAGUCCCUGUACUUGGUUCUUCACCCGCUUCUCAUUUACAGUCUGAUUUUUGCUUAACCUGGUGCCCGUCUAGAUUUCUACGCGAAACACUACUUGUAUGCGCUUUAGAUCAGGCCUUGAUCUAUCAAAAGGAUAAAAACGAUAAAAUGUAUGUGGCUGCAAAGCUCGAAGGCCACGAAGGCUUAAUAAGAUCCGUGAGUUGGGCUUCGUCAAUUGGUAGAUGGUAUCAGUUGAUAGCCACCGGCAGCAAAGACGGGAAAGUUCGGAUCUUCAAAGUUACAGAGACGUCGAAGGGCAACUUAGGAGGUCGGAUUGAUGAGGAUUCUAUGAGUGUUGAUCAAGACAGCGACUCAUCUGAAAGCAACAGCAAAGAUUCCGGCUUGAAUGUUGAGCUAAUCAGCGAAAGUGGCGACCACAAGGGCGAGGUAUGGUCUGUAUCCUGGAAUUUGACAGGCACUAUUCUCAGUUCUGCGGGGGACGACGGGAAAGUGCGUCUAUGGAAAUCAUCGUAUUCGAAUGAGUUCAAGUGCAUGUCUGUCAUUAGCGCCCAACAGCGGUCUUGA